GGAGCCUUCGACGGCACAUCCACAACUCCGCACACCCGACCGGCACCCUCGACUUGUGCUACAGGUACCAGACGUGACAAAAUGCGCAGUUUUAGCGGAGUGCUGGCGGUGUCCAUCACCGCGUUGCUGGUGAGCUGCAGCGCCGAUCCUCACCAGGAAGCGGAAGUGAGCGGCAGUGAGCACAUCUCUGGCGAUCGUUACGAUGGCACCGACUACAAUCGCAAAGAAGAAAUGGAAGACUUCCUACGAUUCCUAGCACGAUAUGAAGCCAUUGAUCGUAACUUAAAUGGAAUAGGAGGAAGUUCCAUUCUUGGGAGAAAUCUAAAUGGCAUAGGAGGUAGUUCCAUCUUGGGCAGGAACAUCGAUGGAAUCGGUGGAUCGUCAUUAGUCGGGAGAAACUUAGGUCUAGGAGGCACUAGUUUGCUACAAGGCAGAAAUCUGCAUGGCAUUGGCGGAUCAGGUCUCGCUGGCAGAAACUUAAAUGGAGUCGGUGGGUCUUCUUUACUAGGGAGGAGAAUCGAAGGGGAAAGCAGAUAUUCAAGAUUCCUUGAUUCCCUUGGAGGCGGCAACCUCGUACGUAACUUGGACUCUCUUGGUGGAGGGAAUUUAGUGAGGAACCUCGAUUCUCUUGGUGGUGGGAAUCUUGUACGUAACUUGGACUCCAUUGGUGGCGCUAACAUGGUUAAAAAAAACCUAGAUCAACUCGGAGGACCCAACCUUGUUAAAAGAACUUUGGAUUCACUGGGAGGUGGAAACCUAGUCCGGAACUUGGACUCCUUGGGUGGCGGAAACUUAGUGCGCGAGUUGGAUUCCAUCGGCGGAGGUCACAAACCUCGAAACUUGGAUCCUCUGGGCGGAGGGAACCUGGUGCGCGAGGUACGGGAGUCCAAGCAUUACGGGUUUGUUCCGUAUCUCAUGACCAGGCGAUACGACUACGGAAGCCCGUACGGUGGCGGAGCCAAGCGCGAGCCGUGGCUGUCAGCCCAGUACCCCGGAUAUUAUGGCGACGGCCUGCCGAAGCGCAAUUUUGAUGAGAUCGACCGAUCAGGGCUAGACAACUUUGUGAAGAAGAGGAACUUCGACGAGAUUGACCAGACAUCCAUGCCGUUCCCGUACGCCAGCAAGCGAUUCUACCACCUGUACGGGUCUAACCAACUCGACAGCGACGCGCCCGUAUCGAGUUUCGACAAGAAGCGAUUCCGGCCCGAUUACCCUAUGGACGAGAUCGAUCUUUCACACUUCCCCAUUGGCUCAAAACGUUCGCAGGACUCCUUCCGUCCCCUGCGCUGAGAACCGGCUCCAGUCUGCACACAGCUUUAUAACAAUGCGUUUCCUAAAACUGUCCUGUCUGCACGCACCUUUAUCAUAACUUGUUUUCUUCAUUUCACAUAAUUUCUCAUAUCGAUGUCGUAGGUUCACAUUUUUACCUUUGCAACCUACGUUGAAUAAUUUCCAUUAUGUGAUCAUUAUUUCUUGUAUAAUUUACACAGUUGUAUAACCAUUCAGGUACUUAACUGUUAUCCUCAAUCCCUUCAGAAAAUUAAAUGUAGAUUUAAUUAGUCUUACAAUCCAUAUUUACAUGUUUAAUUAACUUGCUUAUAUCUAAUAUUGUAUACCAAAUAUUGUAAAUUUGAAAAACUCUUAAUAAUAGAUAAUUACCUAGUUGUUAAGGAGGGAGAGAUUUAGAUUAUAUCUGAAUGUUAUUAAUUAUACCUUAUUCCUAACGAACAAUUAAAAUGGUUAUGUACAUGUACCUUUAAAUGAUUUCUUUAAUAUUUUUUUGAUGUAGUUUGCAUUACUAUUAUUUAAAUUAGUUUUAUUAUUGAUAUUCUAAAUAAAAGAUUAUAAAUGUC